CUCGAGAGCAGCAGCAGCAGCAUGGCAGACCUGCUCAAUAAGCCAAAAUCGGAGCUGGACCAGGAGGAGGUUCGCCGUCUCGAAGAGUACGAAAUCUCCCAAGGGCCCCUCUCUGUCCUCCAGCAGUCGGUCCGCAACCACACGCAAGUCCUCAUCUCGCUCCGCAACAACCGCAAACUCCUCGGUCGAGUCAAGGCAUUUGACCGUCACUCGAACAUGGUCCUCGAAAAUGUCAAGGAGAUGUGGACUGAAUACCCCAAGGGCAAGGCUGGGAGCAAGAAGCCUACCAACAAGGACAGGUUCAUCAGCAAGAUGUUUCUGCGCGGGGACAGCGUGUGUUUGGUCUUGAGGAAUACCGCGUAGUGGCAAGGCGGGAAGCAUACGUGUGAUGGGUGGCGGCUUGAUUACCUCGCAGCAAAAGUGCGGGACAUGCUGCGGACGCAAUGAGCGUGCACACUC